UACACGCUAAGCCUCGUGCACGUGUCACUCUGACCAUUUGUGGCGGUUCGUUUGUUUAAAAGUCGCCGUGUCCCUGAGCUAGCGCCGUUAGCCUGCUGCGCUAGCUUACUUUACGAUUCUGCGGUAAAACUGCGCCACCUUUGCGGGACGGCGCCGUAUGUGCGGGUAGGGCCAGAUCAUUGCAUGCUAGGCUUCAGCUGGUUUGGCAGCUUUCUGCAGAGGAGCAGGAGCACCAUGAAGCCACCUCCACUGACCCAAUCUCCUCCUGUGCGCAGCUCUGUAUUUGAAGGCGUCUACAACAACGCACGCAUGCUUCACUUCCUCACAGCGGUGGUGGGCUCCACCUGCGACGUGAGAGUGAAAAAUGGCGCCUUGUACGAGGGAAUCUUCAAGACGUUGAGCUCGCAGUGUGAGCUGGCUGUGGAUGCUGUUCACAAAGUGAGUGACGGAGGAGGAGGAGGAGGGAGCCAGCCCUCUGCUCCCAGGAUCGAGGAUGUUACUGACACCAUGAUCUUCAGCCCCGCUGACCUCGUCACUAUGACGUGCCGGGACGUCGACUUGACCUUUGCCGUCAGAGACUCGUUCACGGAUUCGGCCAUCGGCUCGUCGCGGCUGAACGGGGAGCACCGGGAGAAGGUGCUGCAGCGGUGGGACGGGGAUGGAAACGGAGACGGCUUCGACCUGGACUCGGACACGUCGAACGGCUGGGACGCCAACGAGAUGUUCAAGUUUAACGAGGAAGCGUACGGUGUGAAGUCGACCUACGACUCAAGCCUCUCCAUGUACACCAUGCCUUUGGAGAGGGGGAACUCGGAGGUGUACCGGCAGCGGGAGGCUAGGGCGGCGCAGCUAGCCAGUGAGAUCGAGAGCAGCCUGCAGUACCGCCGCCGCGUCUCCUUGGAGAACGACGAGGGAAGGAGCGAGGAGGACAAAUACAGCUCGGUGGUCCGAGAGCGGGAGGAGAGGACGAGCCCCGGGUUCACCUCCACGAGCAGGGAGGCGAAGUACGUCCCCCUCCCUCAGAGGGCUCGAGAGAUUGGCCCGUCUGCCAGCAGCAUCAGACCCGGGGCCUCCGGCCGAGCAGCACCGCCUCCCUCCAGACACCUCCCGACCAGCUGCUCCUCCCCCAAACCAUCCUCUGAUAGGAGCAGUCCUAUGUCUUUCAGGACCGCCUGCUCUCCCAGCCAAUCACAGAGCAGCCCACCUGCCGCCAGCAGCCCGCCCCACACCAACCACGUUCUUCCGCGCUCGCACCCGCAGGCGCUAACCGACACCAUGCGCUCGUCCGUAAACGGUGUUUCAUCCAGAAUGUCUCCGAAAUCCCUUCAGAGAUUCCAGAGCAACAGAACGCUGCGGACCUCGAACUCCCAGUCCACGCCUGCAGCGUCUCGUACUCUGAAACCAGACGCCCCUCCUCAGGAUCCUCCGUCAGUCGACCCUGCUUCCUCCUCCCUUUCCACUGUCACCAUGGCGACCACCACCACCACCAAACCCACUGGCCCCACCCUCCUCUUCCCCGUGGACGUGAGUGAAGUCCUGGGCAACGCCGCCAAAGAGCCGCCUGAAGGUCAGCCCACUCCACAGGACGGCAAGAACAGCAAAGCUCCGUCUGUGCAGCAGAGGUCUCAGCUGGAGGAGCUCCGCAAGUUUGGCAAAGAGUUCAGGCUGCAGGCGAGCUCCUCCCCUUUGGUGAGCCCCGCCUCUGUAGACACCCUUCAGGACAGCCCCACCCCCUCCACGGAUUGUUCCUCCUCCUCCUCCUUGUCGUCCCCCAGCCCACCCAGGCCCGUCGUGGCUACAGAGGUAGCUCCACCCAUCUCAGCACCUGCUGCCCUGCUGCCUGCAGCUCCACCUGGCCCCCGCUCCUCAGGGACGGAGGGGCCGACGGCGACCCCGAUCGGAGGGGAGCUGUGCAGCGAGCGCGCGGAGACGGCGACGCCGACUGCAGUGCAGGUGAAAAACUCGACGCUGAAUCCAAACGCCAAGGAGUUUCUUCCCGUUAAAGGAAACGUGGUUGCGAAACCCUCCUCGAAUCCCGCCCCGCCUCGGCCGACCCCGCCCAGCCCCGCCAUGAUCCUCCCAGGCCCGGGACAGCCAGGAGGAGGGGCCAUCUACAGCAGCCCACCUGCACACUACCUGUCCUACAUCUCCCCCAUCCCCCUGCAGGGACACUCCAUCCAGGCUCCUCAGCUGUAUCAGUACACCGUGUCGACCAUCAGUCAGGGGAAAUACCCCAGACCCAAAGGGUUGGUCGGGGGUCCACGUCCGGAGCACCACGGCUCCCCGGCCUCCUCCAUGAUCUCGGCCUCGGCAGCAGGGCCCCAGCUGGUGGCUUCUCCUUACCCCCAGUCCUACCUGCAGUACAGUCAGGUGAUCCAGGCCUUGCCCCCACACUUCCACGGACAGCCGAUUUACUCGAUGCUGCAGGGAGCGAGGAUGCUGACCUCCGGGGCCGCUCAGCCGAUCGGGCCUCCAGGCCCUCAGUUCCCCGGGCAGGCUGACGGCCCGCCGGGCCCCCAACAGGCCAUGUACGCUCCUCAGUCCAUCCAUACUCACCACUCGGGCUCCCUCCAUCCUCCUCAGCCCUCUAGCACACCCACUGGGAGUCACCCCCCACCCCAGCACACGACCCCCAGCCCAGGACACGCUCAGGUGAGUCAGGGCACUUCUCAACCUCAGUCCUUGUUUCACGCCGGAGGUCUGUCGGCUCCCACGCCCCCUAACCUGCCGCCGGGCCACGGCUCUCCGCAGGCCGCCUACGCCAUGCAGGGAUACGGCCUGCCCACGCCCCAGCAGCUGACCCACGGCUUCCCGUCAAUCAGCCAGCUCACACAGGCUCACGUAACAGGCGCCAUGUCGGCACCUCACCACGCUGCCGGCCACGGCCCCCGCCUGUCAUGCUGCACUACGCCCCCCCUCAGCAGGGUGGCGGCUCCAACCCCCAGCAUGGCCCACCGCCCCAGCAGGGGGCGCCGCAGCACUUCUACAUAGGACCCGGUCAAGCUGUCCAGGUUCAGGCUCACCCCGCCCAGCAGCUGUCCUUCCACCCGUCUGCCAACUGAAGCCGGCUGGAUUCACGAUGGCGGCGGCGCCUCCAGCUCGUAACAUUCCCCGCACGCCCUGACACGAGUUGACGUCCUCACCAGGAUGUUUUUUUAAAAAGCAGAUCAGACAGAAACGCCUCGCGUGAGGCAAAGUUUCUCGAUUUUUAAUAUGUAAGCAGAGACUGUCUGGACACACCGACAUGAAACUGGACUGAAGGCGUUCAAACUGGUGGAAACUUUGUGUGCCCCGUUCUUCCUCGGUCCUUUUUACAGACGAAACCAGUUCAUUAUUAAUAAAAGCACUGAAAACACUUUA